AUGUGGUCUUCAGGAGCCCCUUGCCAUUUGCAUCGAUACUUGACGAGUGUCCGAUCGUUUUCGCAGUGUCGAACAGUACUGUCUGCCAAGAUAAAUAAUGAAAAGGACCGAGCCAGUGAUACCGAUGACGAAACUACAUCCAACAAGCAAAAGCAGGAUGAAAAGGAUUCUGAUUCCAAUAAGAUAGAUAUAAAUGCGAUGAAUCAACCUACAGUGAGGUGUGAAACAGCCCAAACUUCGACAAAAGAUAAAUUUAAGCAUAGUUUGGUGAAAACGGAAUUACCUAUUCUUCUACCACGGGUGAGAAAUACCGAUGAUAUUGGCGAUAGGGAACUUCAAACAGAGGGUCUUUUUGCAGGAUAUAAGCCACUUUUCCUAGGGAAUUCCAUGAACAAUUUAGAGGUGGUUAAACCUUUUAAUGAUUUGAUAACUACGCUACGCAAAAUAAGUGUAGUUGGUAAAGACUCCAAGAAUGGUUCGGACACUACUGAUGCAGUGAGUGAGAAUAAAGAAUCUACAUCAGUUUAUUUGAAACAGAGUUCGGCCGAUGGCUCAAUUAUACCUUGGGAUGCUUCCAUCAGUGGGAUGGUUUAUAACGACGAACCUUUUAAAGAUGUUCCUCGGACCAUCGUGUCUAAAUUAAAGCCCUUCAAGCUCAUGAAAAUAACGCCCAAAUCUAGUCGUGUAAAGAAAAAGGACGAUGCUAUAAAGGCCAGAUUCCAUAACUCAAAGAUCGAUGACAAAGCGGAAUUGGUUGACCUGAGACGGCGAGUUCCUCUUAAACAUCAAAAGGCAUUUUCCUCACUUACACAUUCCGAUUCCGCGAGACAAAAAUACCAGCAAGCUAACACCGAUGCUUCAAAAUUUAGGUUCAUAAAAGCAGACAGACAUGUCUUCAAGUCAGACGUCGAAAGAUUGGGUAGAUUCCUUGCCAAAGAAUUUCAAAAACUAACGGAUCUUUCCAUCAGAUACGACUUACACGAUUAUCACAUUCCGCUUUACAUUUAUGUCAACAAAUCAAUUACUUCCAGAAUAACGUUCAAGAGAGCCUUAAGGAAACGCGUAGUUGAUCACAUUGACCCAAUGCUAGCGACAAUCCUUUCAAACUACGAGAAUAGCGAACAUGCAGAAAAUUUCGCUAACCGCGUCAAAAUCAAGACUGAUUCUAUCGUUAAUGAAAUUUCUGACUAUCUUCCCUCCGUAUAUUUCACAGGGGAAUCCAUCGAUUGCAUUAUUCAUCCCAGCCCCAUCAAGAAUUUUGGGAGACUGCAUUGGCUAAAGCCAACCAAGAGACACAACAUUUUCCGCGGAAGAAAUAUUGACAAUGAUUUUGUUUUCAGCAUAAACAAUGACUACAAACUCACAAGAAGCAGAAUGCGCUAUGUACCUUUUCCUGUCAACUUGCACUGGAAAACCUUCAGUGGUGCUUUUGAAGAAUGGGAACAUAUUGCAUAG